CGGCGCAGGGGCUCUCCAGGGCGCACCAUGGCGCUGCUCGUGCGCCUCAAGGCGGUGACCGGGCUGCGGGGCAAGGGGGACCGGCUCGCCAAGGCGGCGUUCAGAGGUCUCUCCUUCUACACCCGAGUACUGGAAAACUGCGAGGAUGAGGCCAGGUUUGAUGAGACCUUCCGGUGGCCGAUCGCCAGCAAUAUCGACGGCAACGAGAUGCUGGAGAUCCAGGUGUUCAACUACAGCAAAGUCUUCACCAACAGACUCAUCGGCACGUUCCGGAUGGUGCUGCAGAAGGUGGUGGAGGAAGGCCAGCUGGAGGUGACGGACACGUUAAUAGACGACAAUAACUCUGCCAUUCAGACCAGCGUCUCCAUAGAGAUCAGGUACCAGGCCAUGGAUGGCACCGUGGGCACCUGGAAUGAUGGGGAAUUUCUGGAGAGUCCUAACUCCCGGUCGGAGGGCGAAGGCCCCUUGGAGACAGAAAGCCUGCUCCCCGGGCACCGGCAGGGCUCUGCGGUGUCUUCUGGCAAAUCCAACCCCAGCCUGAAACCGGCAGAGAGGAACUUCAGGAGCAAAGGCAAAGAGAAGACGAAAAGGGGCAAAGACGGCGAGCACAGAGCUGGGAAAGGAGUCUUUUCCGCCAUGAAGCUGGGCAAGAUCCGGCCCCCAAAGGAGGACCCUCACCGAAAGCAAGAUGAGCCUGCCAUUCUGGAGACAGAAGACCUGGACCGGAAAGCCAUGCGGCUCGGAGGAGGCCUCGACCCAGACACCAUUUCUCUGGCUUCGGUCACAGCUGUUACCACCAACGUGUCGAAUAAGAGGUCAAAGCCUGACAUUAAAAUGGAGCCCAGUGCUGGCCGGCCAAUGGAUUACCAAGUGAGCAUCACAGUCAUCGAGGCCCGGCAGCUGGUGGGGCUGAACAUGGACCCCGUGGUGUGCGUGGAGGUGGGGGAAGAGAAGAAAUACACAUCCAUGAAGGAGUCAACCAACUGCCCCUACUACAACGAGUACUUCGUCUUUGAUUUCCACGUGCCCCCGGACGUCAUGUUCGACAAAAUCAUCAAACUGUCGGUCAUCCACUCUAAGAACCUCUUGCGCAGUGGGACCUUGGUGGGCUCCUUCAAAAUGGAUGUUGGGACUGUUUACACGCAGCCUGAGCACCAGUUCUACCACAAAUGGGCCAUCCUGUCCGACCCCGAGGACAUCACGGCCGGCGUGAAAGGGUACCUGAAGUGUGACGUCGCUGUGGUGGGGAAAGGGGACAACAUAAAGACGCCGCACAAAGCCAACGAGACAGAUGAGGACGACAUCGAGGGGAACCUGCUUCUUCCAGAUGGCGUCCCUCCAGAGCGGCAGUGGGCCCGUUUCUACAUCAAGAUCUACCGUGCGGAGGGGCUGCCCCGCAUGAACACCAGCCUCAUGGCCAACGUGAAGAAGGCACUUAUUGGGGAGAACAAGGAUCUGGUAGACCCCUACGUCCAGGUGCUGUUUGCAGGGCAGAAGGGGAAAACGUCAGUGCAGAAAAGCAGCUAUGAGCCCCUGUGGAACGAGCAGGUCAUCUUCACGGAGAUGUUCCCCCCUCUGUGCAAGCGGCUCAAAGUCCAGAUCCGGGACUCGGACAAGGUCAAUGACAUGGCCAUCGGCACCCACUUCAUCGACCUGCGCAAGAUCUCCAACGAAGGGGACAAAGGCUUCCUGCCCACCUUCGGCCCAGCCUGGGUGAACAUGUAUGGCUCCACCCGGAACUACACCCUGAUGGACGAGCACCAGGACCUGAACGAAGGCCUGGGCGAGGGCGUCUCCUUCCGCGCCCGGCUCCUCCUCAGCCUUGCUGUGGAGAUCCUGGACACCAGCAACCCAGAGAUCACCAGCUCCACCGAGGUGCAAGUGGAACAGACCACGCCGGUCGCUGACAACUGCACUGGCAAAAUGGAAGAGUUCUUUCUCUUUGGAGCCUUCCUGGAGGCAACCAUGAUUGACAGGAAGAUCGGGGACAAACCCAUCAACUUUGAGGUCACAAUAGGCAACUACGGGAACCAGAUCGACGGCAUGGCCAAGCCCAGCCUGAAGAAGAAGAAGGAGGGCGGGGACGGCGAGCAGGAGGACUCCGAGCUGCUCCAGCACUCGAGCGAGGACGAAGCCGAUGAUGACGGGGAGCUGGUCUCCGUCUCCUCGACUCAGCCAAUGAAGCCCCUGAUCACUGACAGGAACUACUUCCACUUGCCGUACUUCGAGAAGAAGCCCUGCAUCUACAUCAAGAGCUGGUGGCAGGACCAGAGGCGGAGGCUCUACAACGCCAACAUCAUGGACAAGAUCGCAGACAAGCUGGAGGAGGGGCUCAACGACGUGCAGGAGAUGAUCAAGACCGAGAAGCCGCACCCUGAGCGCCGGCUCCGAGGGGUCCUGGAGGAGCUGAGCAGCGGAUGCUUCCGCUUUGUGACCCUCGCCAACAAAGACCAGAGCCUCUCUGCCCGGACCCGACUGGACCGAGAGCGGCUCAAAUCCUGCAUGCGGGAGCUGGAGAACAUGGGCCAGCAAGCCAAGACCCUGCGGUCGCAGGUGAAGAAGAACACGAUGCGGGACAAGCUGAAGCUGGUGCAGAACUUCCUGCAGAAGCUCCGCUUCCUGGCAGACGAGCCACAGCACAGCAUCCCCGACAUCUUCAUCUGGAUGAUGAGCAAUGGCAAGCGCAUCGCCUACGCCCGCAUCCCCUCCAAGGACAUCCUGUACUCCAUCGUGGACGAGGAGACCGGCAAGGACUGCGCCAAAGUGAAGACCGUCUUCCUGAGGCUGCCCGGGAAGAGGGGCUUCGGGCCGGCCGGCUGGACGGUGCAGGCCAAGAUGGAGAUCUACCUGUGGCUGGGCCUCACCAAGCAGCGCAAGGACUUCCUGAGCGGCCUGCCCUGCGGCUUCGAGGAGAAGAAAGCCAGCAAGGGCCUCGGCCUCCAGGCCUUCCCGCCCAUCAGCCUCCUCUACACGAAGAAGCAGGUGUUCCAGCUCCGAGCCCACAUGUACCAGGCCAGGAGCUUGUUCGCCGCAGACAGCAGCGGCCUCUCCGACCCCUUUGCCCGGGUUUUCUUCAUCACCCAGGGCCAGUGCACGGAGGUGCUCAACGAGACGCUGUGCCCGACCUGGGACCAGCUGCUGGUCUUCGACAACCUGGAGCUCUACGGGGAAGCCCACGAGAUGCGGGACGACCCCCCCAUUAUCGUCAUUGAGAUCUACGACCAGGACACGGUGGGCAAGGCGGACUUCAUGGGCCGCACCUUUGCCAAGCCGGUGGUGAAGAUGUCGGACGAGGACUAUGGCCCCCCGCGCUUCCCGCCCCAGCUGGAGUACUACCAGAUCUACCGGGGCAACUCCACGGCCGGGGACCUGCUGGCGGCCUUCGAGCUGCUCCAGAUCGGCCCGGCUGGCAAGUCGGACCUGCCUCCGAUCGAUGGGCCGAUGGACACGGAGCAGGGUCCCAUCCUGCCGGUGCCCCUGGGGAUCCGACCUGUGCUGAGUAAAUACAGAGUGGAGAUCCUGUUCUGGGGCCUGCGGGACCUGAAGCGGGUGAACCUGGCCCAGGUGGACCGGCCCCGGGUGGACAUCGAGUGCGCCGGCAAGAGCGUCCAGUCGGCCCUGAUCCAGAACUACAAGAAAAACCCCAACUUCAGCACCCUGGUCAAGUGGUUUGAAGUGGACCUCCCGGAGAACGAGCUGCUCCACCCACCCCUGAACAUCCGGGUGGUGGACUGCCGGGCCUUUGGCCGGUACACGCUGGUGGGCUCCCACGCCGUCAGCUCCCUGCGGAGGUUCAUCCACCGGCCCCCGGACAAGAAAUCCCAGCACUGGAGCACUGCAGGUGAAAUCGUCAUCAACAUGGAACCGGACGUGCCCAUCAAGAAGAUGGAGACCAUGGUGAAGCUGGAGGCUAACUCGGACGCGGUGGUGAAGGUUGACGUGUCAGAAGAGGAGAAGGAAAAGAAAAAGAAGAAGAAGAAAGGAGGGGGAGAGGAGAUCGAGGAGGAGGAGCCAGACGAAAGCAUGCUGGACUGGUGGUCCAAGUACUUUGCUUCCAUUGAGACUAUGAAGGAGCAACUCCGGCAGCAGGAAGCGGCCGCAGCAGAAGCCGAGGAGAAGGAGGAACUGGAGAUUGCAGAGGGCUCCAAGGGCCAGGCAAAGACCAAGGAGAAAGUCAAGGCGCCCAAAGAGGACAAGAAGAAGAAGCAGCAACAGCCACCUGAGGCCCCCGAGAAGAAGAGCAAACAGAAGAUUGACGAACUGAAGGUCUACAACAAAGAGCUGGAAAUGGAGUUCGACAGCUUUGAAGACUGGCUGCACACGUUCAGCCUCUUCCGGGGCAAGAUCGGGGACAACGACGACACCACGACGGAGGAAGAGCGGAUCGUGGGCCGGUUCAAGGGCUCCAUGUGUGUUUACAAAGUGCCGCUUCCCGACGACAUCACCAAGGAGGCAGGAUACGACCCCAACUUCGGCAUGUUCCAGGGCAUUCCAAGCAAUGACCCCAUCAACGUGCUGGUCCGAGUGUACAUCGUGAGGGCCACCGACCUGCACCCAGCUGACAUCAACGGGAAAGCCGAUCCCUACAUCGCCAUCAAGCUGGGCAAGACAGACAUCAGAGACAAGGAGAGCUACAUCUCCAAGCAGCUCAACCCCAUCUUCGGGAAGUCGUUCGACAUCGAGGCCACCUUCCCCAUGGAGUCCAUGCUGACGGUGGCCGUGUACGACUGGGACCUGGUGGGUUCUGACGACCUGAUCGGGGAGACCAAGAUCGACCUGGAGAACCGAUACUACAGCAAGCACCGGGCCACCUGCGGCAUCUCACAGACCUACUCCACCCACGGCUACAACACGUGGCGGGACCCCGGGAAGCCCACGCAGAUCCUCGCCAAGCUGUGCAGAGAGGGCAAGGUGGACGGGCCCCACUACGGCCCCGGAGGGCGGGUGAAAGUCGCCAACCGGGUCUUCACCGGCCCCAGGGAGAUGGAGGAUGAAAACGGUCAGAAGAAGCAGACAGACGAGCACCUGGCCCUGGCGGUGCUGCGCCACUGGGAGGAGAUCCCCCGGGUGGGCUGCAAGCUCGUCCCGGAGCACGUGGAGACGCGGCCGCUGCUGAAUCCCGACAAGCCCGGCAUCGAACAGGGCCGGCUGGAGAUGUGGGUGGACAUGUUCCCCAUGGAUAUGCCGGCACCUGGCCCCGCCAUCGACAUCUCUCCCAGGAAGCCGAAGAGAUAUGAGCUUAGAGUGAUAGUGUGGAACACAGAUGAGGUAACCCUGGAGGACGAUGAUUUCUUCACUGGGGAGAAAUCCAGUGACAUUUUUGUCAGGGGGUGGCUGAAGGGCCAGCAGGAGGACAAGCAGGACACGGACGUGCACUACCACUCGCUCACAGGCGAGGGCAACUUCAACUGGCGCUACGUCUUCCCCUUCGACUACCUGAUGGCGGAGGAGAAGAUCGUCAUCUCCAAGAAGGAGUCCAUGUUCUCCUGGGACGAGACCGAGUACAAGAUCCCGGCGCGCCUCACCCUGCAAGUCUGGGACGCCGACCACUUCUCUGCUGACGACUUCCUGGGGGCCAUCGAGCUGGACCUGAACCGCUUUCCGCGCGGUGCCAAGACGGCGAAGCAGUGCAGCAUGGACAUGGUGACCAACGAGGGCGACCUGCCCCUGGUCUCCAUCUUCAAGCAGAAGAGGGUGAAGGGCUGGUGGCCCUUUGUGGCCAGGAAUGAGAACGACGAGCUGGAGCUCACGGGCAAGGUGGAGGCUGAGCUGCACCUGCUGACAGCGGAGGAGGCAGAGAAAUCCCCCGCGGGGCUGGCCCGCAACGAGCCCGACCCGCUGGAGAAACCCAAUCGCCCCGACACCUCCUUCAUCUGGUUCCUCAACCCGCUCAAGUCCAUCAAGUACCUCAUCUGCACCCGCUACAAGUGGCUCAUCGUUAAGAUCGUGCUGGCGCUGCUGCUCCUCAUCAUGGUGGGACUUUUCCUCUACUCCAUGCCCGGCUACAUGGUCAAGAAGCUGCUGGGCGCGUGAGGCCGCCCGGGGCCGGGGCCAUGUACCCGCUCGCCCCACGCGGCGGCCCGGCUGGGGCGGCGCCGGGACUGGGCUUGGGGGAAGAGCCCGCGGCUUCUCCUUGUUUGCGUUUCC